GACCCUCCAGAGUCUCGACACACUUCAUCUCAGCAGACUUCAGCCUCUCUGCAGCGGCUGCAACACAACAACAAACCUCCCUACGGACUUCAUUUUAAAAAUCUACUUCCAUUCUACUUUUUCUGUUUUGUUUUGUUUUUUUGUUUUUUUCCUUCCUGCUGCAGCACAGGGCUUCUCUCACAGGGUUUUCCUGGUGAUGACCUCACUGCUGUUCCCUGGCAACGCCCACGCUGCGAUGAAGGACCUCUCCUCCUCCUCCUCUCCUCUCAGCUCCCUGCUCCACUACCCGUCCUCCAAAACCUCCGUCGUGCCAUUCUCCCCGUCCGCCGGUGCCGCCUCCUCGCCCGGGUCGUCUCUGACGGCGGCUCCUCUCUCCAAACCUCAGCCCUUCUGCCUCCAGACGGGGCCUCACCUCAUCGCCAGCAUGCAGCUGCAGAAGCUCAACUCGCACUACCAGAACCUUGCCGGUGCUUCUGCUGGGCACCCGGCACCCGGCGGUGCUCAAAGGGGCUUCGGCACCUCGCCUCUGGGAACUGGAAACCAGCUUCUGGGGCCGUCUGGAGGCCUCGGCGGAGGUGGGAUGGGUGUCGGCAUCAGCAUGGGUAACCAAAGCUCUGGCGCGGGCGGGAUUAUCGACUUUGACCCCGUGGACGAGGAGGUUCUCAUGUCACUGGUGGUGGAGUUGGGUUUGGACCGAGCAAACGAGCUGCCCGAGCUCUGGCUGGGUCAGAACGAGUUCGACUUCAUGGCAGACGUGCCGGCCGGAUGCUGAUACACAAAAAGAAAAACUUUUGAGAUGCAGCAGAAUCGAUCGACGGAGUUUCUCUCUUUCAUCUCGUUGCUCUCUUGUUCGAGGAAACAGAAGAGACACUGAGAGAAAGAGAUCCUGUUUUUCUUUUGAUGUCAUUCUCUCCACGACCAAACGGACGGACAACGAGAAAAAGACAGCUUGCUUUUGUUUUUUUUACGGAGCUGUGCUCUCGCAGAACGACAGCAAACUGUUUUUUUUUUUGCUCCGCUCAAUCAGUUCGUUAUUUCUGUUCUCGCUGGCUGAAACCGACCCGAUGGGAAUAAGAGAUCUUUUGUUUUCCUUCUUGACUUUUUAUGUUUCCUUUCAAGACGAGCAUGAGCAGAACAGAAACGAGGAGUCAUAGAGAUUCUGUCGGUGAGUAACACAGGAUGGGUCAGAGACGUUUCAAGCCGCAUUGGAACAAAUCAGCAAAGAUAACACACCCGUUGGACUUUCGAUCAGCACUUAAGGAUAAUGGAAAUGGGAAACAUGACUUUAUGGGAGAUUCGUGGAGGAUGACAAACACUACGUUUCCUGUUUUCCUAAUGGACAAUAUUAGACUCUGGUCUCACGGUAAAGAGGCUUCAGUCUCUGGGCUUCACAAAGAACUUGAUUGUGAGAACUGGUUAUCUCAAUGUACUUCUUUUUCUUCCUCGCUUUCUUUUUUUUUUGCGUGUUUGAAUUAAGUUCAACCAGUCGUAUUCAUACAACAUGUUAUUUAAGACAGUGGCUGAUACCCAUCAGGACUUCUGGACAAGGACUUCUUCUGUGGCGCAUCAAUAAUCGGUUCCACUUCUCCGAACAUGCUGAAUUAGAUCAAGGGACGAGGAAUCUUUCGGAGCAUGGGACCUGAAUGGAGUAAAUUGUUUUCUCGAUCCGGAGCCGCAGCCUCAUUAAAGCGGUCGAGGCCUUUCUGGUCAUGUGAGGCGUCGCUACAUGUACAUGUUUUGUUUUUACUGGCCUGUGUGUCAGUGAUCUUGGACAGCACUUCCCUCCAACACUGAGGAUACAAGGUCCUGUCAACAUUGUUGAGGACGAAACCCGAAAUGUCAAGAGCAGAUAAAUUCACGCGCCCUCCGACGCUUGUUUUUCCUGUUUUACCACUUCGAUGUUUAUGUCAAAACAGUUUGCUAAGUCCUAACAGACGCUUCUCUUUUCUGAUGAGGAAGGAUUGUCUGUUGUUGUCUGUUUGAAGCUACAGUUUGAACACCUUGCCGGGCAGCGUUUGAGCUAAACACACAAUCUUGUUUGGUGGAUCAGCGCAGACUUUAGGAUUGUUUCCAUCGGAGAAAAGUGAGCUAAACCCCUUCAGACUUCACCUAAAAGCUACUGCUGCUUUCAGCUGUUCAAUCUUACUGGUGAAGUGUCUCUUGAAGGCAGAGAACACAGGGAGAACAUCUAAAAUCAAGCCAUAUCCGUCAGCCAGUUUGAAGAUCUUCAGUUGUUUUGCUUCAAAAUACAUUCUUGUUUUGCUAACAAUCCCCAUCUGCGACACAUUUUAAUUUGGCUACUUGGACUUUAGCAUUAGCUUAAACCAACCACAAUGUUUGUUUACACUAAUGUCCAGGUAGAAACCCCAUAUGUUGUGUGUUGCUUACAUGCAGUACAAGUGUAGACAUUGAUUUAAUUUAAAAUCCAUGUUUGGUGCUUUGAUAUCUCAUUAAACAACAAACAAACACUUUAACUAAUGUUGGCUAAUUGAAUAAUGCCUAAUUUAGCCACAGACUAAAGAAAAAGGCCUCUUGAAUUUGGGACAUGUCCUGUCAUGUUUCUGGUGACAAAACUGGGUGAUUUUAUCAAGAUCUCGGGAGAAUUUCCAGUCGCGUUUGUGGUGACAACUAUGGACGUCUCCAGCUGUGUUUGUGGAGACCAAAAAAACAGGUAUUUUUCUAACCGUAACCAAGUGGUUUUUGUGCCUCGACCUAACAAAUCACUCUGUUGACGGAAGGAAAAACAUAAAAGUUCCGACACAUUAGCGGUUUUGCGGAAACUUUUUUGUACGUUGCCAACAUUUAUUCCGUGUUGGGUAAAAACUGAACCGUCUCCAUCUUCAUUGUGGACCAGAACACACAACACAAUUACAAUAAUAUUUUUAUCAUCUGGCUGUUGCAGCACAAUUAUCUGCCUUAUUUGCAUAUCCUCUAGUGGACCUUGGUGAUGCUGCCAGAUGCUGUUGGCGAAGAUUUUGGCUCCCAAGUGAUCUCACUCUCUGUGAUUGAGCUCGGAGAAAUGAACAUUUAUAGCUCACAGCGUUAACUCUCCAGUUCCUAAGGUUUGUUUUUUAGCUUCCUGGAGGGGUGGAGAGGGGUUUAAGCUGACACCCACCUAUAGGAGCUGUACCUGAUGGAUGCAGGUAGCAUGAGGGCGGCGACCUAUAUCUGUUGUGGUAAGACAAGAUGGAGGAGCUCGAACAAAGGCCUUUCACCUCCACCCGGUGUGUCUGUCAUCUGGCCAUUGUGGGUCUCCUCUUGGACCACACAGUAGAAACAACACACCUGUAAGGCCUAUAUAUACCUGCGGAAACUCACCUGUAUGUGCUUUCACACACACACACAAUGAAACCAACCUACGUGCAGGGCGCACAAAGGCGCACAGAGGAGCGCGGGGAUGGUGUUACAGCAGGGAAACGGGAGUCGCAGCCAUGAAACAGGCACUUGUUCAGUCGCACACACACUUCGCAGAGCGAUCGGGGGUUGUUUGCGUGUGUGAGAGUCUGAAAAUCCUCGUUAAUUUAUGAGGAUAUCGACGAGUCAGCUUACACACACACACGUCGUCCUGAAACCAGAUUUCGAUGUUCAUUAGCGUACCAGUUACAGUCGACGAGCAACAAUUUCCUUUUUUCUUUCUUCAAAGAAACGGGAGAAGCUGCAAUUAAUGAAAUCCAGUCGAAGGACUAAUUUGACAGAAUUCCCUUCUUCAAGAGGGAUUUGUUGGAUAAUCCGAAAACAACCAGUUUACCGACACACAGAAAGAAAUAAAAGAUGCUUCUCAUGGCUCCCCAAAUCCGACAGACAGACACUCUGAUUCUUCUCUUCCUCUGUCUCGCCUCAAAGUGGGUCAAAAUAACAUUCUUCAGAUGGGAGACGGCCUCGCGUUUGUUUCCAGCUGCCCGACAUUGUUUUAAAGACCUUUCUUGUGUGUGUGUGUGUGCGAUGUUUUGUGGUCCGGCCUUAAUCCCAGCUGAUUGAAUGUUAUUUUUUUGCUCUGUGAAGCGGAGGGACCUCCUCCCCCCGAGAAGUCGCCUACAGUCCAAAGCUUUCAUUUCCUCCUCUCCUCGACGCCUGAUAUUACAGAUUAACCUCUUGAACUUAAACACACCUCACAGCUAUUUGGUUUCUUAUCACAAACACUCAAAUCCACGCUACAAUAUUCCCCUAAUUCUGGUUUCAGUCUGCUUGGAGAACAUCACGCUUAAUAACGACUGAAAAUAGGAAAGUUCAGGUGAAAUUUGGCUUUUCAGUGAUGGAUCAUAAAGCACCAAACCUUUUGUCUUGAUUGUUUUUAGCUCAAACUGCCUCAACACAGAUGAUUUCCUUCCUUUACUGCAUCCAUCGUCUCCGGAUUGAUCCACUGCUCCAUUAAAAUCGUGUUUCUGUCAAGAACUACUGCAGUUAUGAUCUGGAAAGUUUCAAUUGGUACCAAAAAAAGUUCAUAAAUUAGUUUUGUUUUCAAGAAAAAAAGUUGGGUUGAGUUUCUCUUAUUUAACAGGAGAUGAAACAUCUUCUAAUAUUGACAUUUUUCAACUGUCCUUCUUCUGUAACCCAACGUUGAUGUGACGAAGCACAAAGGACGAAAAAAAACAAACUGGAUUUUUGCAAAAAUAUUGGCGAGCUUCCCCAAAUUUCCUGUGUGUUUGGAAAGCACAGGGACUUUCUGGGGGUUAAAAUAAUAGUUCCUCCUAAAGUUCCUGCGAUGGAAACAUAAUUUCUGACUGCAUUAGUUUGAAGUUGAUCUCUGUAAUAAUAAGCGAAAACUUUCUCGCUGCCUUGUCAAGAGUUAACCAAUCAAAACGUUCAAUUAAUAAGCUAAGUAGCAGGUUAGCUUAGCUUAGCACAAAUAGUGAAAACAGGCCUCCUCAGAUCUGUUUAACACCUACAAACUGCACAAUUCACUGUUUUGUGGACGGUUUUGGGGAAAUCGCUCCCGUUUUCACCAAAUCCUUUCCUCACUCAGUCUGACACACUUUUUCUUCCUUCAUGGUGCCUGAAACGGAUGAAGCGGAUUCACAGUUUUCCUCGUGACAGCGGUGAUUUGUUGCCCUCGGGGGGCCUCGAGGUCGUGAAAAAUGUUCCAACACAUCGCGGCCUGUGAAAGCCCUCCGACACAGCCGGUGAUAUAUCUGUCAGAGGUCUCCGUUUACAAGGUUGAUGAGAAACUGUUGGGCCGCUGCUCUGCUGUCAGGUCUGCUGCUGAAACUGAAGCAGACGCUGCACUGAUUCAUCUCUUAUCUCCACAUUUACUUUUUAGAUUAAAGUCUUUUAUUUUGUUGCAUUUUCUGUCUUCGGUUGAAUGAAUAUUAUUCAAAGAUGAUUUUUUUUUUUGUUAUUAUUUUUUAAAAAAAGCACUUUUGCUCACCGGCUCUCACUUGUACAUCUAUAUGAAUAUGUAAAUGACUGAAAUCAUAUUGAGUUUUAAAGAAAAAAAAAAUGCUUGUAUUUUUGUUACGGCGCUGAGUUUGGAGAGAAAAUAAAGAAAUGAAAACUGAACUGGAGUUAAUGUUCGUUAUUGAAGAGUUUAACCAAAAAUUAUCAGGCACAUGUUCCAAGAUGAUGAUGUCGUUACCAGCUGAUGUUUAAUAUAAUACUGUAUUUAUACUUAUAGACAUUUU